UUAUUUAAGAAAAUGGCCGACUCUUUGGCAAAGUAUGGGAUUUACAUUGAUGAUUUAAGUAAGAUACGUGUAUUAGAACCGGAAGUGGCGAAUCAGACAAACAAGCUCAAAGAAGAAUGCCGGAAUUUCAUUUCGAAAAUUACCGAGUUUCAAACGAAUUCCGAUGAAUUUAUACAAAUAAUUGAUCGAUUGGCGAACGAAGUGGAAAAGGAGAAAAUGAAAACGAUUGGAACCCGAAAUUUACUUCGUUCCAUGGCGAAAGAAAGAGAGGCUCAAAAACAACAAAUUCAGGCGCAAAUUGUUGAGAGAUCUAUGGAGCUUGAGAGACUUCGUAUACAAUAUGAUUCUUUAAAAAAAAUUGAAAUAGAACAGUUAGAAACCAUUGAACAAUUAACUGUGAAUUAAAAACUUGAAUCAGUUAAAAGAAUUGUAAUUAAUUGUAAUUUUCGAUUUAAGGAGCGCAAGUAAAAUUACAAAAAUAAUUAGAGCGACAUAUAUUAUGAAACAAGAUAUUUAUACAUAAGUUUAUGACGAAGUUUGCAGUUAAGACGGUAUCGGGGUUUAAACCCUUCUUAAUAAGACGGCGUCGAAUGUACAUACAUAUUGUGAAGGUUCUCAACCCCUGAAUCAGAAAGGCACAUCAGUUAAUUCUGACAAUGAGUGAUACUAGGUACUGCUUCUAGUAUUCAUAUGCUAUUGAUCUCCUUGACAAUAGUGUUAUUUUCUCCUUUUCGUAAAUGUUACGAUUAUUUUCUUUCUAUAAUUAAGAACAGUUUUUCAUACAAUUACUGUCUACUAACAGCCGCAAUUACAUGUGAGCAUUGGUAAAAGAUGAAUAACAAUAAAAAAGUCUAAAGCAAGUUGUGAAGAUACCGCGGAUAAUUUAUAUUAAUUGUUUAUCCAACAGCUAUACUGUUUUAGUGAACAGAAACGUUGCAUUUUGUAAAUACGCAAUCGUUGCGGUAUUCUAUAUGAUGAAAUAGUGGUAUAAUGAAACCAUGUUUGUGAGAUAACAAAUAUCUUGUGAAGCAGUAUUUCUAUAUUUUACUUAUUAAAAAUGUUUCUUAUUUAUGUAUCAUCACCAUGUAAAAAAGAAAUCGAACUAGUCAUAUAGAUGAAAAACUAUGUAAGCACAUAGUGUGGAUAUAACGAUUUCGACUGAAAUAAAGUACAUACUUCUUAAAAACAGAUAAAUAA